AUGCAGAAACGUAACCUAUGGAGCAAUGUACGUCUCGUCACGAUCCCUUUCUUCCUCUGUCUACUUCUAGUUGUUAUUCAGAUGCUCUUUGACUCUCAAUUCAAGGAGGACCAUGGUCAAUGUGGCUGCCUAAAUGAGAAAACUUGUGGCUUAAGGUAUUCAACUUCUGAUCAAGCAGCGUUUUGCGCCCUUCCUAACCCAUCACAAUGGACUCCCUUACUUCAAAUCCCCUCUCCUCAAUACCGCGCAGGGACCACCCGGUACCUGGCCCAUUCUUCACCUGUGACCUUUCUCUUCACCGGGAAAAACCAGUCGCUUGGAGAAAUUCUAAUGCGGAAUAUGUAUAGCAAUUCAUCUGAGUUUGAUGGAGAUGAAGAUUUAGCAAAUCAUGUGCUGGGAUCAUCAUCGUUUCCUGCGUACACCAAUUAUAUGGACUCUUCUUUCAUUUCAGAUCUCCCAAUCUACAACAUCCAACAUCAAUGCGCGCCAAACUCUUCUUUGUCAAUCUUACUUCACCAACCACCUCUUGCUUUCCCCAAAGAGAUAAAGUGUGUGAAUGGACUAAAUCUCUGGCGGAAUAGUUCUUCCGACGUUAACAACGAGCUAUUCAAAGGUUAUCGAAAAGGAAAUUCAGAAGAGAAGAUCAACGAGUAUGCUGCAGCUUUUGAUUUUCAGAACACAAAUAGCAACAGACUCAAUGUUAAUGUUUGGUACAACUCUACCUACAAGAACAAUACAGUGAUUCGCCCUAUGGCUCUGAUUCGAGUCCCUCGCUUAGUCAACCUGGCAUCUAAUGCAUAUCUUGAGUUCCUUAAAGGAUCUCAGGGAAAGAUCCUCUUUGAGUAUAUCAAAGAAAUGCCAAAAGGAGAGACUAAAUUGACCCUAGACAUAACCUCCCUAAUAGGUCCACUCUUCUUCACAUGGGUCAUUCUGCUGUUAUUUCCUGUGAUCUUAACAACAUUGGUCUAUGAGAAACAACAGAGGUUAAGAAUCAUGAUGAAAAUGCAUGGACUUGGUGAUGCUCCUUACUGGAUAGUUUCAUACGGCUUUUUUCUUCUUGUCUCCAUUCUAUACAUGUUGUGCUUCGCGAUAUUCGGUUCGGCCAUUGGAUUAAACUUCUUUAGGCUUAAUGACUAUAGUAUCCAGUUUGUGUUCUUCCUGAUUAGCAUAAAUCUUCAAAUAUCAGUCGCUUUCUUAGCAUCUGCAAUGUUUUCAGAUGUGAAAACUGCUACAGUUAUAGCAUACAUAUAUGUCUUUGGAACUGGACUCCUAGGAAUCUUUCUUUUCCAAUUCUUCUUGGAAGAUCCUCUCUUCCCAAGAGGAUGGAUAAUUGCAAUGGAGUUAUACCCAGGUUUUUCUUUGUACCGUGGGCUAUAUGAGUUAUCACAGUCUUCGUUUGCGGCAGACUACCGUGGGGUAAAUGGAAUGAGAUGGGGAGAUUUUGGGAAGAACGGAAUGAAAGAAGUGACUUGUAUCAUGCUCAUUGAGUGGCUUCUACUUCUAGUUUCAGCGUCUUACAUUGAUCAAAUCACUUACUCCAGUAAACAUCCAUUGUUCUUCUUCCUGCAAACCCCUUCAAAGAAGAAACAACAACAUGAUCACUACUCUUCUAACACACAUAUUUCCAAAUUUGUCGUCGAAAUGGAGAAACCAGAUGUGUGUCAAGAGAGGGAGAAAGUAGAGCAGUAUCUAGUUGAAUCAACCGGAAACUGCGCGGUUUUAUGCAAUAAUCUGAACAAGGUAUACUCAGGUAAGGACGGGAACCCUGAGAAACUCGCGGUACAAGGAUUAUCUCUUGCGUUACCUCAAGGAGAAUGCUUUGGCAUGCUUGGUCCUAAUGGAGCUGGCAAAACCUCUUUCAUCAACAUGAUGACAGGAAUCAUUAAACCAUCAUCUGGCACAGCAUUCGUCCAAGGUCUUGACAUUUUAACCGAUAUGGAUAGGAUAUAUACAACAAUUGGAGUCUGUCCGCAACACGAUCUCUUGUGGGAAAAAUUGAGUGGAAAGGAACAUCUACUUUUCUAUGGAAGGCUCAAGAAUCUCAAAGGUUCUGGUUUAAGACAAGCUGUUGAAGAGUCACUUCGCAGUGUGAACCUAUUUCAUGGAGGAAAUGGCGACAAACAGGUCAGAAGAUACAGCGGAGGGAUGAAGAGACGGCUCAGCGUUGCCAUUUCCCUCAUAGGAAACCCUAAAGUUGUCUACAUGGAUGAGCCAAGUACUGGGCUUGAUCCAGCCUCGAGGAAAAGUUUAUGGGACGUAGUGAAACGUGCUAAACGAAAAGGGUCGAUAAUACUCACCACACACUCAAUGGAAGAGGCUGAAGUGUUAUGUGAUCGUCUUGGAAUAUUCGUCAAUGGAAGUUUGCAAUGCAUUGGCAAUCCUAAGGAGCUGAAGGGUAGAUAUGGAGGAUCCUAUGUAUUGACUAUGACAACCUCAGAGGAACAUGAGCAAGAAGUGGAGAAAAUAGUGCAUAAAAUCUCCAAGAAUGCACAGAAGAUAUAUCGAACCUCAGGGACUCAAAAGUUUGAGCUGCCAAAGAAAGAGACAAAGAUCGCUCAUGUGUUUCAGGCGGUGGAAAACGCAAAGAAGAUGUUCCCGGUGGUUGCUUGGGGACUUGCAGACACAACGCUUGAAGAUGUGUUUGUAAAGGUUGCUCAAACUUUUUAAUUAAGCACAACUCUUUUUUUGUUUAUUUUCUUUUACCUUUUCCUUCAUUUUGCACGUCUGUUUAGGUGUUAUAAAUUAAUAAUAUUAUCAUAUUUGUUUGUAAAUUUCAAAACAAUUAAAAAGUAUAUCUGGC